AUGUCUAUCAAUUUGACCUACUUUGAGAAUUUGAACAUUGGAAAUAAUCAGUAUCCUUGGUAUGUUCCUCAAAUGGCAAUAUUCAAUGGAUCUUGCUUCAAAGGUGAAACAAGAUCUAUUGUACCAACCACAUAUUUUCCACAAGGCGAUAAACCAUUCAAUAAAGAUCAAGCAACUGCAAUCAGCCUAUCAGAGAAUAAUGCGAUUUGGUUCAUUAACCCUUUCAAAUACACAUUAUGUCUAUUUCGCAAUGACAAAAAAGACUACGCAUGUGUAGGCGGAGGUACUUGCUUGGAAAGCGAUUUUGACACUGGAACAGUUUAUAACAGAGCUUUGAUAGUAGCAAAUAAUGACACUACUCUUUCCUCGAGAUAUCUUACAGGCAGUGCCCGGAAAGUGACAUCCAUUAAUCGUACCCUAGCAGUCGUCUGGCUACUUAUAACGAUCAUGAUUACUAUGCUCGGUGAGCUGUAA